AUGGAAAACAAAGGCAUGUACCUGCACACCGUGAGUGACCGGGACACCGGUUCCAUCUUCGAGGAGCCCUUUGAUGGCAGGAGCCUGUCUAAGCUAAACCUGUGCGAGGAUGGUCCAUGCCAUAAGCGACGGGCAGGUGGCUGUUGUACCCAGCUGGGUUCGCUGUCAGCUCUGAAGCAUGCUGUCCUGGGACUCUACCUGCUGGUCUUCUUGAUUCUUGUCGGCAUCUUCAUCUUGGCAGUGUCCAGGCCCCGCAGUUCUCCCGACGACCUGAAGGCCCUAACUCGGCACGUGAACCGGCUAAAUGAGAGUUUUCGGGACUUGCAGCUGCGGCUGCUGCAGGCGGACCUGAUGGAGCAAGCAUGGAAGGUGCAGGAUGCACUGCAGAACCAGACAGAUUCGCUUCUGGCGCUGGCAGGGGCCGUGCAGCGGCUGGAGGGCGCACUGUGGGGGCUACAAGCUCAGGCGGCACAGACAGAGCAGGCGGUGGCCUUGCUACGUGACCACACCGGCCAGCAGAGUGACGCAACGCAGCUGGAGCUGUACCAGCUGCAGGUGGAGAGCAAUCGCAGUCAGCUGCUGCUACGACGCCAUGCGGGCCUACUGGAUGGGCUGGCACAUCGGGUGGGCGGCCUGGGCGAGGAGAUGGCUGAUAUGGGCGGUGCACUGCGUGGCCUCAACCACAGCCUGUCCUACGACGUGGCCCUGCACAGCACGCGUCUGCAGGACCUGCAGGUGCUCGUGAGCAACGCCAGUGAGGACACACGUCGCAUGCGCCUGGUGCACAUGGCCAUGGAACUUCAGCUCAAGCAGGAACUGGCCAUGCUCAACACUGUCACUGAGGACCUGCGCCUCAAGGACUGGGAGCACUCGAUUGCGCUUAAGAACAUCUCUUUGGCCAAAGGGCCACCAGGACCCAAAGGAGAUCCAGGCAAUGAAGGAAAGGAAGGCGAGCCCGGCAUCCCUGGAUUACCUGGACUUCGAGGCCUGCCUGGGGAGAGAGGUACUCCAGGAUUGCCCGGCCCCAAAGGCGAUGAUGGGAAACUGGGGGCCACAGGACCAAUGGGCAUGCGUGGGUUCAAAGGUGAUCGAGGCCCAAAAGGAGAGAAGGGAGAAAGAGGAGACAGAGCAGGAGACGGCAGUGUCGUGGAGGCCUCGAUGGUUCGCCUGGUGAACGGCUCAGGCCCCUAUGAAGGCCGUGUGGAAGUGUACCAUGAGCGGCGCUGGGGCACCGUGUGUGAUGACGGCUGGGACAGGAAGGACGGCGAUGUGGUGUGCCGCAUGCUGGGUUUCCGCGGUGUGGAGGAAGUGUACCGCACAGCUCGCUUCGGGCAAGGCACUGGGAAGAUCUGGAUGGAUGAUGUGGCCUGCAAGGGCACGGAGGACUCCAUCUUCCGCUGCAGCUUCUCCAAAUGGGGGGUGACAAACUGUGGACACGCUGAAGAUGCUGGGGUGACAUGCAGCACACACUGAAUGUGAGCAUGGUCCAUGGCUGGGACCCUGCCCAGGAGCCUCCUUCUAGCAUUCCUAGAGUGAGGGCAUCACUAGAGGCAACCCUGACCAUGCCUCUGCCCUGCCCCCACACCCCUAAUGCAGGACCAUGGUGACUGUCAUCUUUCUCCUCCUGGACUCCAAAGUCAUCUCUGGGAUCUACUGCUUUCUACCAGUGUUCUUCCACAGGGAGUUCCGGUCAGCUGGAUCACCAGUUGUCCCAGCCACCUGAACACCAGCACUGGGUCUUAAAAUCCAGGUUUGCUUCGGUCUGUUCAAGAAGAGUGCCCAGAUGUCAAAAACAAAAAAACAUACAUAU